UCGGGCAGAUUCAACGGGCUUUAUUGGGUACUUACAUACAGAAGUUCCUCAGUGGGAUACAUUUUAAAUAUUAUAACGUAUAUAACGUAUAGGCUACUAUAAUUUAUUUUUACCUGUGGAAUCUCAAUAGCCCAGCUAAUCACUUCUGGAUAAAGGAGAAAUGGAGAAUCUCUGAAUAAAUUUGCCAUCUCAUCCACUCUACAUCCAUGGAAUUAAUCCAAAGUUCCCCAACGCUCCCGGGACUGCCUGAGGCUUUGGGAAACAGCAGUGUCCUUCUGCUUGGCACCGGUCCCGCUCUGUUCCCGCUCCACCAGAACGACACCCUCGGUAACUCUACACUCAUGGAGCCUGACGCAGGGGGCGGCUCCAGCCCUAUCGUGGCCGGGGUCCUGAUCCCGCUCAUCUACAUCACCGUCUGCGUCAUCGGCCUGGGCGGCAACACGCUGGUCAUCCACAUCGUGCUGCGCUAUUCCAAGACCGAGUCGGUCACCAACAUCUACAUCCUCAACCUGGCCAUCGCCGACGAGCUCUUCAUGCUGGGCCUGCCCUUCCUGGCGGCCCAGAAUGCCCUGCUCUACUGGCCCUUCGGCUCCUUCAUGUGUCGCCUGGUGAUGACGGUGGACGGCAUCAACCAGUUCACCAGCAUCUUCUGCCUGACGGUCAUGAGCAUCGACCGCUACCUGGCCGUGGUCCACCCCAUCCGCUCGUCCAGGUGGCGCAAGCCCCAGGUGGCCAAAGCGGUCAACGUGACCGUGUGGGUGGUGUCCUUCAUCGUGGUGCUGCCCGUGGUCAUCUUCGCCGACGUCCUCCAGGACGAGGGCACCUGCAACAUCAUCUGGCCGGAGCCGGCGGACGUCUGGAAGGCCUCGUUCAUCAUCUGCACCUCCACCGUGGGGUUCUUCGGACCGCUCCUGGUCAUCUGCCUCUGCUACCUGCUGAUCGUGGUCAAGGUCCGCAGCUCGGGGAAAAAGGUCCGGUCCACCUCCACCAAGCGGCGGCGGUCGGAGCGCAGGGUCACCCUGAUGGUGGUCAUCGUGGUGGCGGUGUUCGUCUUCUGCUGGCUGCCCUUCUACGCCCUCAACAUCAUCAACCUGGUGGUGCUGCUGCCGGCAGACUUCCGGGGGCUCUACUACUUUGUGGUGGUCCUGUCCUACGCCAACAGCUGCGCCAACCCGGUGGUGUACGGCUUCCUCUCCGAAAACUUCAAGCAGGGCUUCCGGAAGGCCCUAUGCCGGCUGUCCCGGAAGGUGGAGAGCGAGGAGCAGCUGGGGACGGACCAGCUGCAGCUCCAGCAGGAGAGGAGGCUGGCACUGGAGCCCAGGGACAGCGUGAGAACAGCCAUGAGGGAGAGCAGCCUCCGGGUCACAGACGGGGCCGUGGAGAUGACUGACAUCUGUCGGACUGCACAGCAUGCCAACGGAAACCAGCCGCUGGAAGGACCCAGGAUCCUGUUCGUGCCGAGGGAGAAAACAGCAGGAGCUUCUGAGGGGGUCUCCCCAGGUGAUAGGGCUCAAACCAGGGAGGCUAAUGGGAAAGGCCCAGGCUUGGGGCCUAAGACAGCCCUCCCUGUGCUAGUCAAAAACAGUACCGUAAAAACAGUGCCUGAGGAGCCAGUGGAGAAGAAUGGUUCACUGGAGAUCAGCUAUCUUUGA